CCGACGCCAUGGGGACGGCGGAUGAGGCUUUCGACUACCUGUUUAAAAUAAUCCUCGUUGGGGACUCGAACGUGGGCAAGACGAGUGUGGUCCACCGCUUCAUAGCCGGCCUGUACGCGGAGAAGCAGCACAACACCAUUGGCGUGGACUUCGCUGUACGCUCCCUGGACAUCCAGGGCAAGAAAGUCAAGAUCCAAGUGUGGGACACCGCGGGCCAGGAACGCUUCCGGACCAUCACCCAGAGCUACUACCGCAGCGCCCACGCCGCCAUCAUCACCUACGACCUCACCCGGCGCUCGACCUUCGAGUCCGUCCCCCACUGGAUUUACGAGAUGGAAAAAUACGGAGCGGCCAACCUGGUCCUGAUGCUCAUUGGGAACAAGUGCGAUCUUCCGGAGGAGCGCCAGGUUUUGUUCGAAGACGCCUGCACCCUAGCCGAGAAACACGGCCUCCUGGCCGUCCUGGAGACUUCGGCCAAGGACUCCAGGAAUGUCGACGAGGUCUUCACGCUGAUGGCCAGGGAGCUGGUGGCCCGGAGCAACUUGCCGCAUCCGUUCCGGGAGGGCCCGCGGGAGGCCCUAACCCUGGACUCGCACCCGGUGCUCCGCGCUCGGCUGGAGGAGGCCCAGCGCUGCGCUUGUUGA